AUGGGUUGCGGCGGGAGCCGAGCUGAUGCCAUCGAGCCCCGUUACUACGAGAGCUGGACACGAGAGACCGAGUCUACCUGGCUCACCUACACUGACUCAGAUGCACCGCCCAGCGCCGCCGCCCCGGACACCGGCCCCGAGUCAGGCGGCCUGCACGCGGGUGUGCUAGAAGAUGGACUGUCCUCCAAUGGUGUCCCCCGGUCUUCAGUCCCAAGUGGAACAUCCAACCCAGAGAAGAAGAUGAGCUGUGGAACCCAGUGCCCCAAUCCUCAGAGUCUCAACUCAGCCCCUCUAACCCAGAAACAGAAUGGCCUUCACACUUCUGAGGCUAAAAGAGAUGCUAAACGGAUGUCUGCAAAAGAAGUCACCAUCAGUGUUACAAACAGCAACCGACAAAUGGACAGAAGUCAAAGGAUCACCAAGAACUGUGUCAACUAG